AUGAUGUCUACAGAUAGUGUUUGCUCUAUAGUAUCUGAAAAAGUAAUCAACAGAACCUAUAAUAGCACACAAACAAUUUACAAAUACUAAUUACUUCCAAUUCAAAUUUACAAAGCUACUUAGUAGUAAUAUGAAAAAAUAACCGAAGGAAAACAGUGCUUAAAAAAACCAUUCUAAGAAACUAUUGAAUCCUUUACAAUGAUCGCAGUAGAUUGGCUAGUAUUCACUUUCUUUAUAAUACUUAACUUAUUUAGGGCUACAGCAAUCAUUGUUCUCAAUAGUAUAAUGAGCAUGCCUAUGCUAAUGGGCUUAAAGUUUACUUUGAUAUUAUUAUGUAUUUUUCUCGAAUUGGCAAUUACUGGAGUCUGUUUCCCCUUAAUCAUAUUGACAAGUCAUGAUGAUUGUGUCAAGUCAGGCCUUACAAUUGAUUAUAGUCUCGGUAAUAUUGAAGAUAUUCUUUCUUGGUUUUUCAGUAAUUUAUGGGUACAUAUUAUAAUCGUGUCUAUGAUCAUAAUCUUCAUGUUCUUUGCUUUUACUAACGAGAAAUUUAAAGCUAGAUUUUUGCAUUUUACUGUUGGCUUAGAUCAAAACAAUGUUGAAAUGCAAAAACUUGCAAACGAGCUCAGCACAAAAUCUACAUUUAUCUGGACUUUUUUCUCCACAUUUAUCAUUUCUUCAAUUAUAGCAAUACUUACAUUGCUUAUUCUUGAGGGAGCAAUACUUUAGUUUUUGAUAUUUUAUUCUCAACAUAAAUACUAAGUCAUACUUGCAAAGGUUUAAAUAUGGGAAGCUGUAAUUUUAGUUGUAUUUGCUAUUAUCAGUUACAUUGUAAGAAGAUGUAGAAGCAGAUUUGGUUAUUAAAGUUAUGACGCUACAAUGAAUGAGUAUGAACUUAGUGCAGGAGUUGCAAAAGAAACCUUAGCAGUUUGA